AUGGACGUAUCAGUUGAGGAGUUCGUCGAUAGACUACUAAGCGAUGAAGCUUAUCAGGAACCUUCAGAUAGUGUUAAGGUCGAAGAGGUUGAAACGCAGAUGAGAUUGCCGGAAUGGUUUGACGAAAAAAAGUACAAUCAGGGAAGGCGUUUCUUUUGGGAUUUUUGUUUUGGAUUUUCGAUGGUAAGUAUGUUGGGUCUCAUCGGGAUCUACUCCGUUCCCACUAUACUCGAGGUCCUAGUGGGCAGUCGCCGUUCCAACUCUCCGUACACGGCUUACAAAAGAUAUUCUUCAACGUUCAUGCAUUUUACCACUUGGCUAAAACACGAAUUGAAACCUGGGACAGUAGCUUGGAAAUCAUUAUACGCAGUCAGAUGUCGCCAUGUACAAGCUGGUCGAGCGGCCAGACUCAAGGGGAAAGGCACGGUUUCACAGAGGGAUUUGGCCAUCACGCUAUUUACUAGUUUAGGAUUUGCUGUUCUUAAACCCGACAAGUUCUCCAUUCGCCAAAUAGAAGAAGGUGAUUGGGAAGCGGGUAUUCACUUCUGGAGAGUCAUUGGGUACAUGAUAGGCUUGCAAGAUAGAUACAACAUUUGCCGGGAAUCAUUUGAGGAGACCCGUGGAAUAUUGCAAAGAAUUGUAGAUAGGGUAUUCACCCCGUGUUUAGAGAACGUUCCAGAAUAUUUCGAGCAUUUAAGUCACGUGACCGUCGAUGGCUUGCAAGCCUUUAACAGUGGGUUAGAAAAAACUUCUCUUCUUUAUUGGACGAGAUAUAUAGCUGAUGUUCCUGGGUACAUUUACACGGAAAAAGAGCGGAUUGCUUUACAAGAUAAGUUGAGGUCCCAUCUAAAGGGUCAGUCACCCGAUACUGGCGUGGAGUCAAGAGCGAUUAUAGAAAAAAGCGCUAUAAAUGGUCUGCCGGACAUCCCCUCUCGAACUUUAUAUCUUCACGAUUUCAACUCCUUGGAAACUGCGCCCGCGUACAAAGCACUUCCUUUAAUCGGAAAAUAUAAACUGGCCAUUAUACACAUCACGUUCGCCUUCUACUCAACGUGCAUAGGACGAGUGUUACUAAACCUUCAGUACAGAUGGACACUAUUCAUCGGUACAUAUUUACCAUAUGUUGCCAUGUGGAGAUACGGUGUGAAGAACGCUUUCAUCAACAUCUUUAAAGAAAGUCCGUUCGAUAACACGACUCCUAAGCCUAAUUCAGAAUAUUACAGAACACAACCUCCCGAGCCUUGGUACAAGUUUCUCCUUGCUCUAUUCUGGUAACUGCAGUGGCUACCGUUUAAAUCAAAAAAUUAUAUAUACAAAUAUACAAGAACUUUUCAAUCGGCAUUUUACAGAACUAUUCUAAAAAUAUAUAUAUAAAGG